AUGUUGCCCAGAGAUGUCGCCUCUGAAAUCGGCAGCGUCAAGCUCUUCAACAAGUGGAGUUAUGAGGAUAUCGAGGUUCGGGAUAUAUCUUUGACCGAUUACAUUCAGAUCAGACAACCCGUGUACCUCCCUCACUCUGCUGGCCGAUAUGCUGCCAAGCGCUUCCGCAAGGCUCAAUGCCCGAUCAUUGAGCGUCUCACCAACUCCCUCAUGAUGAACGGCCGAAACAACGGAAAGAAGUUGAUGGCUGUCCGGAUCGUUGCUCAUGCCUUCGAAAUCAUCCACAUCAUGACCGACCAGAACCCCAUCCAAGUUGCUGUUGAUGCUAUCGCCAACUGCGGUCCUAGAGAAGACAGCACUCGUAUCGGUUCCGCUGGUACCGUUCGUCGCCAGGCCGUCGAUGUUUCUCCUCUCCGCCGUGUCAACCAAGCCAUUGCUCUCCUCACCAUCGGAGCCCGUGAGGCCUCGUUCCGCAACGUGAAGAGCAUCGCUGAGUGUCUCGCUGAAGAAUUGAUCAAUGCCGCCAAGGGAAGCUCGAACUCAUAUGCCAUCAAGAAGAAGGACGAGUUGGAGCGUGUCGCAAAGAGCAACCGAUAA